AUGCAUUUGGUAUUCCUCGCAGAGCGUUACUCUGCACAAAGUGAGGCGCUAGAAGAUCCUGAAGGCCUUUGUGUUCUUGGAAUAUUUCUUCGUGUGAGUUAUUAGAACUGUUUCACUGUUUAUAUUCAUGACGAUUUAUUACACAAUAAUUCGAAUGUGCGCAAAUUUGGGAAGGUUCCUGUUUAAAAGUCUGACUUUACAGAGACUGGAGGAUCGCUUAUAUGGUUUUAUGCCAUUUGAAGUCGCUAUCAAUAAAGUUAUUGAUCUACCACACAAAUGCAUGUCAUAUUGCCCACGAGUUAAAAUCUGGACCCUUGUUUUUAUCUAGGCCGGUGGACGUGAAAACG